UUCAAUCGAUUUCAAAUUUUUGAUCUAUCGUCAAAAAAAUUAACUAAGUAUAUACGUUAAAAAAAUUGUAACACCGUACUAGUGUUAAAAAAUAUAAAAUAGAAAAAAAACACGAUAAUUACAGAAGAGUAAAAUCUAGAUAAGAAAUCGAACAACAUUGUCGUGCUUCUCAUUAGUAGUAAUCGCGACACUGCAAAGUAAACACAGCUCUGAUACAUAAAGCGAAUAAUGGAAGGAAUAAAUUUGAAAAAGUCAAAAAAUAUUUCUAAUUAUAGUCAAGAUGAUUCGGUGUGUUACCGAUCUUUUCUAUUUAUCCAACAAAUAUUUUUAAAAAUAAUUGGAUUGUUACCGUGGGCCGUAAGAACAGCUGGAAUAUUCCGCAAAAACGGAAGUGUUGAAAAUGGAAUUUUCGAAUGCGAUUUUUCACACGCCGGAUCAUGUUAUAAUAUUUUGUUAUUCUUUUUUUUGGUUGCGUUUAAUAUUUACAUUGGAAAUGGUAUAUCAUCAAUGGAAACUACUUCCCUUUCGACAUUAGAAAUAGUAUUAAUUGAACUUUCAUUCUUUACAACAUUGUGUAUAAGUGUAAUACCACUUUACUAUAUUAUUCGUCAAGAUUUGCUAAUAGGAGUUAACAUACGAUUGAAAAAUUUUGACAAGAAAUUAAAUAAGUGCGCAGAUUAUAAGCUAGACAUUAAUAAUAGCAAUGGUGUGAUAUUUACAGUCAAUUUCAUCAUGACCGGUUGCAUAUUAAUAAUAAGGCAAUUUUAUUACAAAGAUUUGGUAAAAGUACUAAUUGUAAGUUUUCCAUACUUUGUUGGUAGUUUUGUGAUCGUACAGUACGCAAUGUUUCUAAAUAUAAUAAAAACACGAUUCAAAAGUAUUAAUUCUACACUUUCAAAACUGGGGACUCCCAAAAGUAAAAUAUCGCUAUCACGUGAGUCAGUUAUUGGCGACAUUGCCGUGAUUAAACGAGCGUAUGUGGAAUUAUGCGAAAUAUGUGACGAUACCGCAAGAUUUUAUGGAAUUCCCAUCUUGGUUGCCAUUAUUAUUUUAUCUAUGAGAGAUAUAUUUAAUUUAUACCUGAUAAUUUCAGCAAUAAUGGGCAAUGGAGAAUUUAAUGUCAGAUUAUAUCAGACCGGAAUAUUCUCCGUAAGAAAUAUUUUUUUGUUCACGGUGUUGACUACUUAUGUCACAAAAAUAAUAAAACAGAACGAAAAAACGGCUACGAUUAUAAGUUUAAUCAUGGAUCGAUAUGCAAUGGAUGAUAAAAUAAAAGAAAAAUUGGCGAAAUUUUCCAGCGAUCUUUGGUAUCUGACCGUUGAAUUCACCGCUUGUGACAUCGUACCACUGGACCGUACUCUUCUAGCAGUUAUAACUGGCACAAUCGCAACCUAUUUGGUGAUUGUGGUGCAGUUUACUGCUCGCAAAUCUUUUAAUUAGUCAGUUAAAUUUUCCUAAAUCGGUUUGUCCAUUUUUUGUUUCUCAUUUAAAAUCGAUAUAAUAUUACUGGUGUGAUAUUCGCGUUUCUCAUCACUACUAUUCGAUUCAUUAUUAAUGCGCAUUCUCAUAAAUUAUAAAAUCUAAAUAUCAAAUUAUCUUUUUGUGCGUGUGCCCUUGUCUGUUAUCAUUAUUAUCUUCAUAUAUAUGCAUUGAACAAUUAAAUUUUUAAUAAUAAAUAACUUAAUUAUUUUUCUCGUGCUUCUGAUUAUUAGCAAUCGUGACCCUGCAAAGUAAACACGUAGCUCUGAUAUAUUAAUAAAUAUAAAUAUGAAGCGAAUAAUGAAAGGAAUAAAUUUGAAAAAAUCAAAAAAAACUUGUAAUUAUAGUCAAGAUGAUUCAGUUUGUUCCGGAUAUUUUCUAUUUAUUCAACAAAUAUUUUUUAAAGUAAUUGGAUUGUUGCCGUGGAACGUGAAAACGGCAGGAAUAUUCCGCAAAAACGGAAGGGUUGAAAAUGGAAUUUUUGAAUGUGAUUUUUCACACGCCGGAUCAUGUUAUAAUGUUUUGUUAUUUUUUCUUAUCGUUGCGUUGACUUUUCACAUUGGAAAUUAUAUGUCAUCAAUACAAAUUUCUGAGCUACCGACAAUACACGUAAUAGCAUUGGAACUUUCAUUUUUUUCGACAUUGUGUAUAAGUUUGGUACCACUCAUCUACAUUAUUCGACAAAAUUUGCUAAUAGGAGUUAACAGACGAUUGAAAAAUUUGGACAAGAAAUUAAAUAAGUGCGCAGAUUAUAAACUAGAAAGUAAUAAUAGCAACUGUGUGAUAUUUACUGUCAAUCUGGUCAUGAAAUGUUGCAUAUUAAUAAUAAGGCAAUUUCAUUACAAGAUAGUGGAAGCAGUACUAAUUAUAAGUUUUCCAUACUUUAUUAGUAGUUUUGUGAUCUUGCAGUACGCAAUGUUUCUAAAUAUAAUAAAAACACGAUUCAAAAGUAUUAAUUCGACACUUUUAAGACUGGGAACUUCGGAAAGCAAAAUAUCGCUAUCGCGUGCGUCAGUUCUUGAUGAUAUUGGAAGAAUUAAACGCGCAUACGUGGAAUUAUGUGAAAUAUGUGUCGAUACUGCAAGUUUUUAUGGGAUUCCCAUGUUGAUUGUUAUCAUAAUUUUAUCUAUGAGAGAUAUAAUGAACUUAUACAUGGCGGUUUUGGUAUUCAUUGGGCAAGGAGGAUUUGACAUAAAAAUAUGUCAGAGCGGAGCAUUUUUAGCAAGAAAUAUUUUCUUAUUCAUGGUAUUAACUACUAAUGUGACCACAAUAAUGAAGCAGAAUGAAAAAACUUCUAGGAUUAUAAAUUUGAUUACCGAUCGAUAUGAAAUGGAUGGUGAAAUUAAAAAAAAAUUAGCGAAAUUUUCCAACGAUCUUUGGUAUCUGACCGUUGAAUUUACCGCUUGCGAAAUUAUACCACUGGAUCGCACUCUUCUAGCAGUUAUCACUGGUACAAUCGGAACGUAUUUGGUGAUUGUCAUACAGUUUUAUGAUGAACCAUCAACUAAUUAAUCAAUUCAAAUUCUCUUAAUCGUAUUGUCUAUGCAAAUAUGUGCCUAUUUUUUACUUCGAUAUUUAAAUCAAUACUAAUAUUACUAGUGUGACUUUAAGCAUUCUCAUAAAUUAUAAAAUCUGAAUAUUAAAUAAUCUUCUUGUGCGUGUGCCCUUGUCCGUUAUCAUUAUUAUCUUCACUGCAUGCAUUAAACAAUUAAAUUUUUAAUAAUUCACCGCUUAAUUAUUUUUGUAUCGA